AUGGAGGACAACAAAGGGACAGUGUGCGUGACGGGUGGUACUGGCUUCAUUGCUUCAUGGCUCAUCAUGAGGCUCCUUGAACGUGGUUACUCGGUCCGGACUACAGUCAGACCCGACUCGGAUGGCAGCAGAGAUACCGACUUCUUGAAAAAUCUACCAGGAGCAUCGGAAAGGCUCCGAAUCCUCAUCGCUGACCUCGGCAAUCCCGAGAGUUUCGGCCCAGCCAUUGAUGGUUGUGUCGGAGUCUUCCACGUCGCCACCCCGGUGGACUUUGAGGACAGAGAGCCAGAGCCAGUCGUCACCAAAAGAUGCAUUGAUGGAGCGUUAGGCAUCCUGAGGGCCUGCUUGAAUUCCAAGACCGUGAAGCGGGUCGUGUACACUUCAAGCUCGGCUGCAGUUCAGUUUAACAACUCCAACGCUGAGAUACAGGAUGAGGACACCUGGAGCGAUGUCAAGUCCCUCAGAGAAGUGCCGAUGCUUGCAGCCUCGUACGCAAUCUCAAAGACGUUGACCGAGAAGGCGGUUCUCGAGUUCGGAGAGAGGCACGGGCUGGAAGUGGUGACAGUGGUUCCCACGUUGGUCCAUGGACCCUUCAUUUGUCCCAAAUUCGCCGGAUCUGUUCAGAUUGCGCUGGCUUUGGUAUUAGGGAAUGAGAACGACUACUCUUUUCUCCUCAAAAUGUGUCUCGUUCAUGUGGACGAUGUGGUGAGAGCACACAUCUUCCUCUUCGAGCACCCCGACGCAAAGGGGCGGUACAUAUGUUCCUCGGCCACGAUGACCAUCGAAGAGAUGUCCAAGUUUCUCUCGGAAAGAUACCCAGAGUUUCAGAUACCCUCGCCGGAGUCCUUGAAGGAAGUGAAAGGCCCCAGGUUCGCCAGCCUUGCGUCGAGGAAGCUAUUGGAUGCCGGUUUCGAGUAUAAGUACGGGAUCGAGGACAUGUUCGAUGGAGCCAUCCAGUGCUGCAAAGGAAAGGGUUAUCUCUAG